AUGAAGUUUGCUGCAUUGUGCUUGGCCGCCACUCAAGCGGCCCAGGCUGCCUUUACGUGGAACAGCGCACGUUUCGGUGGUGGUGGUGGCUUUGUGCCUGGCAUCGUCUUCCACCCUACUGCGCCGGGAAUCGCCUAUGCACGGACAGACAUUGGCGGUGUCUACCGGCUCAACAGCGACGAUUCAUGGACCCCAAUCACAGACAGCCUCGCCGACACUCAAGGCUGGCACAACUGGGGAGCAGAUGCACUCGCGGUUGACCCGCAGAAGCCCGACGUCGUGUACUUCGCUGCUGGCCUGUACACCAAUAGUUGGGAUCCGAGCCCGGGCGCCAUCUUCAAGAGCACCGACCGCGGCGCGACAUGGACUUCCGCACCCCUCAAGUUCAAGGUCGGUGGGAAUAUGCCCGGCCGAGGCAUGGGAGAGCGCCUCGCCGUUGAUCCCAGCAACUCCAACAUUGUGUAUUUCGGCGCCCGCAGCGGCAACGGGCUGUGGAAGAGCUCUGACGCCGGAAAGUCCUUUGCCAAGGUCGACUCGUUCACGGCGGUGGGCACCUAUAUCCCCGUCCCUGGUGACACGACCGGAUACAACAGCGACAUUAUCGGACUCAGCUUCGUGGCCUUCGACUCCACCUCGGCUCUUGUCAAUGGCGCAACGUCGCGCAUCUUUGUUGGCACUGCCGACAACACGACAGCCUCGGUGUACGUGUCGGAGGAUGCCGGAAAGACGUGGAGUGCCGUGCCGGGGCAGCCCAAGCGCUUCUUUCCGCACAAGUGCAAGCUGUCCCCCGAGGAGGGUGCUCUGUACUUGUCCUACGCCGAUGGCGCAGGCCCUUAUGAUGGCACGUCUGGUGCAGUGUGGCGGUACGACCUCAAAAGCAAGACGUGGACGGACAUCACGCCUGUCAGCGGCAGCGACCUCACCUUUGGUUUCGGAGGGCUUGCGCUUGAUGCAAAGAAGCCUGGAACCAUCGUAGUGGCCACUCUCAACUCCUGGUGGCCAGAUGCCCAGAUCUACCGCAGCGUGGACUCGGGCAAGACGUGGUCUGUCCUGUGGAAAUGGGGCAACUACCCAGAGAUGAUUUACUACUAUGGCAUCUCGACCCCCAAGGCCCCCUGGAUCCGCAAGGACUUCCUCGACGUCGAUUCCAAGUGGCUCGGUUGGAUGAUCGAGUCUUUCGAGAUUGACCCUCAUGACAGCGACCACUUCCUCUACGGCACUGGCCUGACAGUCUACGGCGGGCACGACCUUACCAAGUGGGACUCCAUCCACAACAUCACGAUCCAGUCUCUUGCUGACGGUAUCGAGGAGACGGCCGUGCUCGAGGUCGCUUCUGCGCCGGGCGGCAGUGAGCUCCUUGCUGCCGUUGGUGACGUCUCGGGAUACACCUUUGCCAAAGACUCGGACCUUGGCACGUCGCCCAAGAAUGUCUGGGAUGGCCCUAAGUUUACCAGCACGGGCGGGGUCGACUACGCGGGAAAUUCACCCAGCAAGGUCGUCCGUGUUGGCAACGAUGCCGGCGCCAAGAUGGUUGCUCUCUCAACGGAUGGCGGUAUCAGCUGGGCCAUUCACGGAGGUGCGGACACGACCAACAAUGGCGGGUCAGUCGCGUAUUCUGCAGAUGGCGAUAUCAUCUUGUGGUCCACAGCCUCUGGCGGAGUUGUGCGAUCCCAGAACGAAGGCGCCUUCGCCGCGGUGGCCGCACUUGGGCCUGCUUCCGUCAUUGCCGCUGACCGGCGCAACAACAGCUACUUCUACGCUGGCUCUGCAGGGUCAUUCCUUGUCUCCGCUGACGGUGGCAAGACGUUUGCGAAGAGCGGCACCCUGACUGGGGCUACCGCCAUCCGCGACAUUUCGGCUCAUCCCGCAGCCGGUGGAAAGCUCUAUGUGUCCACGGAUGCUGGGAUAUUCUACAGUGAGGAUUUUGGCAAGAGCUUCGCCGCCCUUGCAGGCAACCUCAAAAACACGUAUCAAGUUGCGCUUGGCCGUGGCUCCGGCACGGGCUGGAACCUGUACGCAUUUGGCACCGGCAGCAACGGAGCCAGGCUGUACGGCAGUGCAGAUGGCGGCUCCUCGUGGACCGAUAUCCAGGGUGGUGCACAAGGCUUUGGAAGCAUCGAGGGUGCCAGGCUUGCCGGCAGCGGCAAUGUCGCCAACAAGGUCUACGUGGGAACCAAUGGGCGCGGCGUGUUCCAUGGCGUCGGCGCUUUGGUUGGUGGUGGUGGCGGUCCAAGCACUUCGUCGUCUCAGCAAGCCACGAAGUCUGCCACCUCGUCAUCGUCGUCCAAGUCUGUGACGUCUUCCAGCUCUGUCUCGACGUCCUCCAGCACCUUGAUAAGCACGACCAAGACAUCAUCUGCGCCACCUCCGGUCCAAACUGCAGGGCCGUAUGAACGCUGUGGUGGCUCUGGUUGGACUGGCCCGACCGCCUGCGCUUCCGGGUACAUCUGCAAGCUGUGGAACGAAUUUUAUGCCCAAUGCGUGCCGAAAUAAUUAGUGGCAGACGACAUGGAGUUUGGCUACUAGUGUCCAAGGAGAUGUUUGUCGAUAACUUGAGCUCGAGAAGAACUGGUGGCAUUACGUGUCGAGGCGGAAGUAAAGAUUGUCCGCUUGCCGGCGACUUGACCUAGACUGAUGUAGGCUGAGGGCCUUAUUGCAACGAGGCCACAUAGUGUUUUCCCGCUAUGUUAUCUGAAUUAGGUCAUCAAUACUACACGCAGGCCGAUAUACAUA